AUGCCGAUGAUCCACCGAUCAGCGACGAUACUGAGUGCCCAGACAGUCCAGAGUGCCCAGAGAGUCCAAUGUGUCCGACCAGAGUGCCCAGAGAGUCCAAUGUGUCCGACCAGAGUGCCCAGAGAGUCCAAUGUGUCCGGCCAGAGCGUCCAAUGUGCCCAGUGUGCCCAAUAUGCCCAGAAAGUCCAGUGUGAGAGUGCCCAGUGUGAGAGUGCCCAGAGCGCCCAGUGUCAGAAUGCCCAAUGUUCCCAGAGUGCCCAGAAGUGCCCAGAGGCCAAGUGUGCCCAGAGUAACCAGAGUACCCAGUGUGAGAGUGCCCAGAGUGCCAAGUGUGCCCAAAGUGCCCAGUGUGCCCAGAGUACCCAGUGUGAGAGUGCCCAGAGUGCCAUGUGUGAGAGUGCCCAGAAUGGCAAGAGUGCCCAGAGUGCCCAGUGUGCCCAGAGUGCGCAGUGUGCCCAGCGUGCCCAGAGUGCCCAGAGUGCCCAGUGUGCCCAGAGUGCCCAGUGUGCCCAGAGUGCCCAGACAGUCCAGUGUGCCCAGAGAGUCCAAUGA